GGCGGCGGCGGCGGCGGCACCGGGCCCUGCUGUGCGCGGUGCCGCGUGCUCCCGCGGGCGCGGAGGUUGCGAAGAUGGUACAGUCCCCUCUUGUGUUGCCGCUGCUGGCAGACUAGAGUUUGAGAGGGCGUGAUAUCAGUUGCUGCUGCGCUCGCUACUCAAUGUUUCAAACUGCUCCAAGGAAGUAACACUCUCCUCUUUGGAGAGGCCAUAAAAUGCAUGUUAUGAAUUGUCUCUCCUUGGUCAAUGAUAAAGAAAAUGGGGCUAUUCCAGUCGCAACGGGAUUAACGAACGAGGAUGCGACGACAGCAUCGCAACAUUCUCAGCCUGCAGCGCCACCGCCCCCUCCGCCAUGUCCCCUCGCAGGGGCACCCCCAGCCCCUCCGCUCCCCCCGGGGAUGCCGCCCCCCCCGCCCCCCCCUCCGCCACUGCCUGGGCCAAGCGUACCCCUGCCUCCCCAGCUGAUAAAUGGGCAUGACAACCACGGCAAAAAAAAACGAAUGCGGAGCUUCUUCUGGAAAACUAUCCCUGAAGAACAAGUCCGCGGUAAAACCAACAUCUGGACGAUUGCUGCAAGACCGCAGUAUCAGAUUGAUACAAAGACAAUUGAGGAGCUUUUUGGGCAGCAGGAAGAAACCAAGCCCCAGGACCCCCGAAGCCGAUCUUUAAAGUCUUCAUUUAAAGAGACGAAAGAGGAGGUUUCCAUUUUGGAUGCAAAAAGAAGCAUGAACAUUGGGAUAUUUCUCAAACAGUUCAAAAAGUCUGCUGAAUCCAUCAUUGAAGAUAUUUAUCAUGGAAGAAGUGAGCCCUAUGGUUCUGAACUGCUGCAUGAAUUUCUUAAAUUAUUACCAGAAGCGGAGGAGGUAAAGAAAUUAAAAGCCUUUGAUGGAGAUGUAUCAAAACUAUCUCAAGCUGAUUCCUUCAUGUAUUUACUAAUCCAGGUGCCAAAUUAUGCUCUUAGGAUUGAAGCCAUGGUGUUAGAAAGGGAGUUCUCACCCUCCUGUGCUUCUCUACAGGAUGACAUGAAAAUUAUAAGACGGGCAACAAAAGAGUUAAUGACUUGUGAGGAACUGCAUUCCAUAUUGCACUUGGUCCUUCAGGCUGGGAAUAUUAUGAAUGCGGGAGGUUAUGCUGGCAAUGCUGUUGGAUUUAAAUUGUCGUCACUGCUCAAGCUGGCGGACACAAAAGCAAACAAACCUGGGAUGAGUCUGCUGCAUUUUGUUGCUCUGGAAGCCCAAAAGAAAGAUGCUGCUCUUCUCAACUUCUCAGAAAAAAUUAGAGAUGUUCAUGAUGCUGCCAGGUUAUCCAUUGAUAACGUGGAAGCAGAGCUCCAGUCGCUGUCUUUCAAGGCAAGAUCUGUUAAAGACAGCAUUCGGCGAGACCCAAAACUCUUUCACCAGAUGGAAGGCUUUCUCCAGUUUGCUGUAAGACAUCUAAAAGAGCUUGAACAUCAGAAACGAGAAUUACAAAAGGAGGGAAAUGCUCUCAUUGACUUUUUCUGUGAAGACAAAGAAACUAUGAAGUUGGAUGAAUGUUUCCAGAUAUUUAGGGACUUCUGCAUAAGAUUCAACAAGGCUGUGAAGGAAAAUAGGGAACGAGAGAUCCAGGAACUUCAUAGUCUGCAGAGGCAAAAGGAGCUGGAGGAGAAGCGUCGGUCCUGGGCAGCUGGAGAACUUGGGAGCUUUGGGCGGAGCAGCAGUGAAAAUGAUGUGGAGAUGUUGGCCAAAAAAGGACUUGAAGAAUUUCUUCCCUUCUUGCAGCAGAGACCUCAAAGCCCUUCAUACAGAAACCCCAAUUCUAGACGCUCUCGACUUUCUUUGGGGAUUACUGCAGACAGAGAGUUGCAGAGUUUCCUGGAAAUCUCCAAAGAUGAGGAUCCAAACAAGUUUAACAGCCUUCCCCGUGCAAACACCCGACAAGCAAGACCAAACGUAGCCUGGACUGAAUCCAAAGAAACAAGAGAUCUCAACUUAAAUACCUUGCACUUAGACCAACAGUCUGAAACCAAAGUGAAAAGUGGUGGCCUACUGCAGGUGCCUCCAGCUCAGCCCAGUCACUUUGGUGGCUCAACUGGUCCUGGUGCCCGUUACUCACAGAGAAGCACCGACUACAACAUGCACACUUCCAAUGUGUCCUGUGAGGAGUCCACAGAUAUAAGUGCUCUGGCCCUUGCAAUUGAGGAGCGUGAACUUGUUAAAGGAUUACGUAAGUUUGAUAUUCAAGGAGCAAAGCCUGCAGAGGAUACACCUUUAAUAUAUUUAGAGGAUGCUGGUGGAACAGACCUGGAGACUCUAGACGAUCUAAGCUUUCAUUCCCUUAGCACCGCCGAUGACGACCUGCCUCCAGCUUGCAGAAGUUCCAGAGAGGCCCACGAUCAUAAAGCCAAGGCAGUGGGUUGCAAGAGUGAAGCUUCAGAGCCCAGGAGCAGCAGCCCCAUGUCUAUGGAUACAAGUGUUUCGGGAAGUAGGGAAGAUGGGCCAAUGUUCUACGUGUCAGAUACGACAACUGAUUGUUCUUUGACAUUGGACUCUGAGGAGGGAAAUGAUUUUAAAUCAGCAGGCAAUGAAAUAAGAAGUGAGGCUGGUAAAGCACCUUCUGGGAACGAUGCUCAAUACAGGGCUAGAACAUUCUUCUCAAACCUGAAUUCUGCUUCUGCCAAGGAUCUGUCUCUUCACACUUCCUCAAAUGAUAAGGAUGAUGCCAACAGCAAGCACACCCCUCCUAAAGAAAAGCCCAUAAAAAAUAAAGACCCAGCAGGACCAAAGAGAAACUCUGUAAAAGAUAGAUCUCCAAGCUCCUCAAAAUCCAGUGGCACUCGCUCUAGCCACACAGCCCCUUCCAGACCUGUGAGAACUCUGAAUGCCUCUGAGAAUGAAAGUAUGAGGAAAGUGGUGCCUAUUUCUCGGUCAAACAGAGCACCGAGCAGCAUGAAAAAGCCAGAAGCCAAACCAGCACUUCGUGAAACUAGUACAGUGGAAAGUCGGCUGUCUCGUCGCAGCUCUGUCCGAGGCACAACAGACACACUGCCAAGAAGUCCUUACAGGCACAGCGUGUCGGUGGAAGAGCCAAAGUUACAAAGGGGCACUGUCACCUCGAGCAGUGCUCAUUUCGAGAGGGACAGAGUCUCUCUCAAAAAGCCAAGCUCUAAACCUGUUAGAAGUAAUGUCAAAUCAAAGACAGACGAAAUGAAGAUGUGUCGCUCCAGUGUAAAAGCCCACACCCCUACGGAUGACGCCAAGGUUGCCACAGUCAGUGUUCCCAAAACAACAUCCGCUGUCCCAAACUUUGCGAGGAAUACAGUGGCUUCUUCUUCAAAGCGUGCAAAAGUGGAUCUCUCCAGCUCGUCCAGGCCUCCAACCAUCACAAGGUCUGUGUCCCAGAGGCUGCCUAAAGUGAAGCCAGCGGCAUCCUCUGACGACCCGAGUCCAAAGGAGAACAGUGUGAGUACCUUAAAGAGAGCAAGUAGUGCCAGAGUGGUUGGAAGAACCAUCCUGCAGGGAGAAGCUGUCAACACGAAAGUGGAGCCUGCACCAAAGGAGCAGGGAGCAGUGGAGAAGGCUUCUCUCAAACUGAAAGACACAAACCGGACCACAAUUGGUAAAAUACUGAAGCCAUUACUGAAAUAAGGGAGAGGGGUUUUUGGAUCUUGGAAUGUGAACACUUGUUCAAGCACUGGAUGCCUGUGUUGUGCAAUUCCUUAAAACAGUAACAUUGCUGAUAGGCAGCAUCGUGUGCUCAUUAAAGUACGGCACACCAUUGGAAAAGGGCAAGUAGUUGUGUUCUGGUCUAAAUCCUUUUUUAUGAAUCUGAAUGUAUUUGAAGCUGCUGUGAUGGAAUGCGAGCGUAACAGCGAAUUUUUGCAUAUUUGUGAUACAGAAGGGUCACCAAAAGCCAAAAAGUUUAAAGAAGUUAAACUACAAGACAAAAUGCUUUGUGACAGAAAACAUGGAUAAAGGCCAGUUUUUGUGUGCAUACGAUUCUUCCUAGGACUCAAGCCUUUGUGCUGGUUGGUUCCUUAUUCGAUGUCAAAGUGAAUCCUGUGGAACAGAACUGAAGAUGAACUUAGGUGAUUGUGCUUUCCGUUGCUUUCAAUUCCUUGGCUUGAGGAAUUCUUGUUGCCUGUUGCGAAGUCCAUUGCUGGCGAUUGGACAGACUGGGAACUGCUG